AUGAGUGAUAUUGACAGAGCACCCACGCUCCUUUUAGACGCAGUAUGGCCACUGGUUGACGUCAAAGGUACCGGCUUCAUCUACGGCCGCGACUUCCCACUUGCAGUGUCGAAAAUGGAGGAACUACUUAAUAAGGGCCACUAUGACAACUCCAAAAGUACACUGGUGUCUAAAACAGGUCAAGAAAUUCUGAAAAAAUUUAGCAGUGACCAGGAGUUCUUUAAGGUUUACAAGGACGACUUUGCGGAGCUUUUCCAUGGCCUUAUUGGUACUGCUUUUAGGACUGCGGUCCAAUCGUGCUCGAGAGAAGGAUGGCUUGAUUUCAUCAAAACAGCGUCAGAAACGGUCAGUUUCAAUGAUAACGAAGAUACUCCAGUGGAGCCUGAAACGCUGCGGGGAGAAAUUGCUGCGUUGAAGAGCCAGAUCGGAGAACUGCGGCGGCAAAACGCAGGGAAGGACAAGACUAUAGCUACCAACGAAGUAUUGCUAACGGAACUUCGAAACUCAGGUGGAUCUCCAUCGGCUAGUCCAACAAAAAACGCUGGAACGCGAAGUCUACGAGCGCGGAUUUCGGAGCUGUUGCGAGAGGUUCAAGCCAGAGAUGAAGCGAUACGAUAUAAGGAUCGUGAACUAUUGUCUAUGACCAAAAAAGUCGGGGAAUACCGGGAUAAAUACCAGUUCUUGGAACGCGAGUUUCAGUUCUACAAAGACCAUGGGGAGCUGCAGAAACCAGAGGCAACGAAGGAAGCCACCAAGCACGAGUUUAUUAUUUCAGAGCUCAGAAGAAAAAUCACCGACCAAAGCGAUAUGAUAAACGCUAUGCGUUCCCAAGUAGAGUCUAAAAACCCCUUGGUUUCUCAUCCGAAGCCGGCUGGUGUAGAAUCGAGUAUAAUUGACUUGGUACCGGUACAGAAAAUAUUAAAGUGCGCGAUGGCGAUUAUUGGAAUAUUUAUCGUGGCAAAUGUUCUCCUGUACUUUGUUGCGGCCCUAAAAUCGGUAUUUGGAUCCUCUUCUGCUCAAGGCAUUAAUCCCCAGAUCCAAUUGAAUUGGUGGGAGCGAAGCUCAAUGUUGAGUAAAAUCGUUUGGUAUUUCUCUGAAUACUUUGAACAGGAUUGGUCCAUUGCUGCUGACGAAAAUAUCAAUUCUAGUUACAACAAGAUUUUUGGGGUUUGA